CUGGGAGUGACAGUAAUUAAACAGACAUACUUGGAUCCUUUUGUAGUGGCUUCCUGCAGGAUGUCACCUCUGUCGUGCCCUACCUUUGUUGUGGUUUGAUGGAUGUAUGCACCGGCGAGUGAGGGCAGUCUCGUGCAGCCUGUGGACCAAUCAGGACGGGCCUGACUGCGAGGAGGGACACCAGUUUCAGUGGGAGAUGGCGCCCAGCUCGAAAUCAGAAAAGGACGAUAGCAAACAGAAACCUCAAAGGAAACACAAAGACCAUGUCGUAAAGCUUCUCACGCGUGGGAAGCUGUCAGGACAGUUCUCUCAGCGUCUGUUCAGGAAGCUGCCACCUCGAGUGUGUGUCCCAUUAAAGAACAUUGUCAGCGAGGAGUUCCUGAGAGCGGGACAUGUCUUUCUUGGCUUCACCAAAUGUGGCCGCUACGUCCUGUCCUACACCAGCGAUUGUGGAGAAGAUGAUGAUUUCUCCUUUUACAUCUACCAUCUCUAUUGGUGGGAGUUCAACCUGCACAGUCGACUCAAACAGGUCCAUCAUGUACGCCUGUUUGCUGGAGAGGAAAUUUACAGCGACCUUUACCUGACUGUGUGUGAAUGGCCAAAUGACCACUCCAAAAUUGUCAUCUUUGGCUUCAAUACACGCAGUUCAAGCUCCGUUCUGAUGAACUUAAUGAUGAGUGAUGAAAACAACAGAGACAUCUACAUCACUAUCGCCUCCAUGCCUCCUCCUAAACCUUGCUCUUACUGCUGUCCUGUUCCGUCAGCCACAACCAUACGCACAGGAAGUGGUGAGUGUUUGGAACAUGGCUAUGUACUCAACAGCAGGUACCAGGUGGUGUACCCGUUCCCCACUUUCCAACCUGCUUUCCAGCUGAAGAAGGACCAGGUCAUCCUGUUAAACACGAGCUACUCUCUGGUGGCGUGUGGCAUCUCACUCUGCCCAGGUAAGCAGGGUCAGUCAUCGCAGAUCCUUUACACAAAGAGAGCAGCUUUGUCAAGUCAAGCCGCUUCAUCUUUUUCCUCCACCUCCUCGACGUCUCCUCCAUCACUACCUCAGGGAUCUCCCGAAAGCCGACUGCCACCUAGCAGGCCUACUCCAAUCCCAUCAUCUCCCAGCCAGUCACAAGCAGCGGUGCGGGCACGAGAGUUUGCAGCUGACCUCUUCAGGCGGGCCCAAGGAGGAGGUGGAGGAGGAGGAGGAAGAGUAAAAGAAAUUGAAAGCCAGGCAGAAAGAAGACCAGCUGAUGGUGCUGAAAAAGAGGCAGCACAGAUACCAGGAGACAAAGGGAUAAAUGUAGAGAGGAGAAGAGAGGAGGAGAGACGGACUAGUUUGCCACAGGCGUCAACAUCAAGUGGGAGCCGCAGUUCGCCACAGUGCUCUGAGCAAGUGAUGUCUCCUGCCUCCUCCUCUUCAUCACCUUCUUCCCCGCCGACCCCAUCCUCAUCCCAGGAGGUCGGCCCCUGUGAGCCUGGAUAUGUCAACUAUUCACGUCUGCACUACUGCCUCCAACAGCCAGGGGCAACAGAGCAGAACACAGGAGGUGCAGGAGGUUAUGAAGACGACAAAGUUCAACUACCUUUCACAGUCACUGACCUUAAAGGACGGAACCUGCAGCUGGUCACCGGGCCACACAACGGACAGAGUGUGUGUGUGGAGCAGCUGACUCUGGACUUUGAGUAUCUUAUCAAUGAGGUGAUCAGGAGCGACGCUGCCUGGGCCCCUCAGUUCUGCUCCUUCAGUGACUAUGAUGUUGUGAUAUUAGAAGUGUGUCCUGAAACCAACACUGUGAUGAUCAACAUUGGUCUGCUGCUGCUGGCCUUCUCCAACUCAGAUGAGGAGCACUGCAGGCCAAACACGUAUCAUUCCAACCUGCAGGUGAGCUGGGACCUAAACACAGGUGUGUGUUGCACCGUGGGUGUUGGUGACCUUACAGAAGUCAAGGGUCAGACCAGUGGGAGCGUGUGGAGUUCCUACAGGAAGUCCUGUGUGAACACAGUGAUGAAGUGGUUGGUUCCAGAGAGCAGCUCCCGUUACAUUAAUCGCAUGACCAACGAAGCUCUACACAAAGGCUCGUCCCUUCAAGUGCUGGCAGACAGUGACCGAUGCACCUGGAUUGUAUUAUGAAGAAAGAAGAAGUGUCAAAGCAAUGGAAACAAAAGCACACACAGAUAUACGUCGACAUGGCCUCAUCGUCAGUACAGAGCUCAACCUUAAUCUGAGCAAAACUGCACAUGUUCAGCGACUGCCCUCGGGUAACGUGUAGUUUAAACGUGUCUAAUUGGAAUCAUAGAACGCUCUAAAUGCUGUAAAGAUGAAGUUUUUUUUUUUAGGUGGUCUGUUUAAUCUUUACAGGUUUCAUUUUUUCUUUUUUCUUUUUUUGUAACUGUGUACUGUAUUAUUUCUACCACCAAAACAAAGAGCUGGACUGAACGAAGAUUUAGUUUUUACUUUUAAUUUUUAUACAUAAAGGCGUACUGUUAUUGUAGUGCGAGUGUUUCGUGUGUGUGUGUGUGUGUGUGUGUGUGUUACUGAGUGUAUGUAAUAAACUGCACCUGUGUGAUGUUCACAAGGGGAUUUCAUCCAGAGAAAUAGUGUGUGUGUGUGUGUGUGUGUGUGUGUGUGUGUGUGUGUGUGUACCUGUAUGAGUGUACGCAUGUUUAAUGUGUAUGUUACACUUGACAGAUUCUGCUGCUUCUGGACCAGUUCAGUCUAGCUGUGUUGAGUCAUAAGGCUGCAGUAUUUAAGACACGAGACAAACUGAACCCAGUACUGCAUCACUUGACUCUAAACAUCUUUUUUUUUUUUUUUUUUUUUUUUUUUGUAAACCUAUGUCAUGGAAGUAGAGCAUUGUUGAGGGGUAAGCUGCUCAGCCAGUUGACGUGCUGUAUGUUUACUGGCAUGGAAGUAAGACUACGUUGUAUUUGGGAUAUUUUGUGAAAAUA